GAGCGCACCACUUUCUUUUCCAAACUGUCACUUCUGCACAUUCCUUGCAGACUGUUUUAUUUUAUAUUUCAAUUUAAUUUUUAAUUCAAAUGUCAGCGGUUUUUAAGUUUCCUCAAGUUUUGUGCAAAAUAAUUUGGAUUUUUCUGUUUCCAGAAUAGAAUCUUCAGUCAAAUUAUUUAACUAAACAAAAAAUAAAUAUAUACAAAUAUUUAUAAUUCCCAUCAGUGAUCUCCUUGUCCCCAAUGAUCGUCUAAAAGUUCCACAAAAACAUGCCAACAUGUUUUCCUUCUAAUUAGCAUGAUAUUCCUUAAGUUAUUGUUUAAUAUUAUUUUUGUUAUUUUCCAUAAACAAAUAAAUACAAAUUUAGUUGAAAUGGAUGAAGUUUGUGUUUCGCAUUUGUCCGAUAUUGAAAUUGCCGAGAAGAUGCGUCGUAGUAACUAUGAAAAGUUCAAAACUCUCGUUAGAAUGCACCUCUCCUUUCAAUUGGAUCUUAAUACCGACGAAUUUGAUUUACCAUGUCAUGAAGUAAUUUACUAUGAGAAGGGAAAAUUAAAGAAAUGGAAUCGUUUAUCGAAGAAAAUGAAAAGCUGUACAUCAGGGAAGGCUAAUGCCAGUCCUCCAGAGACCAAUCGUCCUUUAUUAGAUCAUAACUUCAUAAAGCAGCUUAGGAAUUUGAAAAUGUUUAUUCUGAUGGAAGAGAAUGUCAUCCAAGAAGGAAUCUUUCGAAAAACCGGCUCAGCCUCUCGACAAAACGAACUUCGUUCGCUAAUUCAAAGCGAACAACAACUCGAUCUGACCAAAGGAUAUUCAGUUCAUGACUGUGCAACUGUCUUCAAGAGCUUCCUAGCCGAACUACAUGAACCUGUUCUCACUGACGCCCACUAUCCAGCUCAUUCCCAAAUUGCUCCUCUGUGCAAUGCACUGCCGCCGCCGGUUACCGCCAUAGUCGACAAAAAGAAAGAACAGCACAUAUUGAAUUCGAUGCAAUUGCUCCUCCUUCUGCUGCCCCACGAAAAUCGAACUCUCCUCCAGGACAUCAUUGAGAUGCUUCACAUUGUUUCGAAUCAUGCAAACCAGAAUAAAAUGUCGUCGGAAAAUCUGGCCACUCUGUUUGCACCUCAUUUGAUCUGUCCCCGAAAUUUACCACCUGAAGCUUUGCAUUAUGUCGCCCAAACCAUGUGCGCCAUUAUAACCUACAUGAUAACCAAAGGAUUGGUGGUAUUUGAGAUUCCUGCAAAACUAGCAACCGAUAUACGAGCUUAUUUCCUCGAGAGAAAGCGAAAAAAAACCAUGUCCCCAGAGCAAACUCUUGACGAAUCGAUUUCGGACAUGUCGACGGUGAAUACUGUGUAUACGUUUGUUGAUCGGGAGAAGACUGCGGCAGCUCAGGGUUCGAAUAAUACCGACACCGAAUUGGCACAAUUGUAUGCUCAUAUUCAAACACUUCCCGAAUCAUCAAAGAAACGACGGUUGAUUAAGCAGUUUAACAAACAAAAUGGACAAGGAACUCCAUUACAGUUGGUAACUUUGAAUCGAAUAAAACAUUCUGAGCCCACAAGAAGUGCUAAAUCGAUUAGUGAUUCCAUAAAGAAGCAUAUCUUCCACAAGGGAAUCAUCUCAAGAACACCAAAAAGGACUCCAGUUACAUUGAAUUCUCAGGGUACACCCAGCUUCGCGACAAAGAAUCCAAAACUACGAGUUCUAUUUCAAAGUCCAAUCUCGAAUAUACCCUUCCAUAGUAAUUCAGGAACUCCAUCUAAUUCAUCAUCACCAUCGACAUCAUCUAAUUUAUUUUCAAUUAAAACGCAUCCUCUAAAAAAAUCUAUUUCUUCAUCUUCUCUCUUACUAACAAAUUCCAUGACUUCACGACAAGAUCACACAUCUUCGUCGUCGUUGUCAUCUAAUUCGGCACCCGUCAGUCGAACAACAUCGAGUGAACUAGAAGAGGCUUAUUGCACGACUCCGCUAAAAAUUGAAGAUACUUAUGGCAAAACAACCUCAACACCUGUCCCGAGUAUUCUCGAAACCAAGAGCGUCCUGUGGAAAUAUACGACGCUGGAAGAAGACGACGAAGAUACAAGUAAUCCAUCGACUCCAAUAAAUAAGCAAAAUCAUUCAAGAUACAAAUCCGAACCAAACUUAAGUCGUAUUAUAAAAGAGCACAAGGAAUUGCCAAUAGCUAAAAGUAAAUCGUUGACAAGGAAGCUUAUUAAGGGUGUGAGCAUGGGGAAUCUGCGACUGCCAUUUGCAAAUAAUGAUUCUAGUAAAAGAUUUGGAAGGUCGGCGUUUUCGUUGAGGCGUGAUGUGAGUGAUGAAAGUGGGACUUUUCAAGAAGAAACCGAAUCCGACUAUGAGUUGGAGAAACCCAUGCAGGAGGAGGAGGUGGAGGAAGAAGGACAUGAAGGGGAUGAGGACAACAACACAAUUGAAAUGCCUACCUCACACCUGUCCUACUAUCGAAACUUGGAACUCAUCACAAGCACCCCAUCUAUGAUGCUCGAGAGAAGAUCAAUGUCGCCAAUAACAAAAUCCACUCAAAGAAUGCCCAAAUCUAUGCAGGAAUCCAUUAUGACACCACGUUCAAGGAAACCUGUGAUGCUGACAACAACCCAAGGCUCGUCGGAGCAAAAUCAAACAUUUUACCAAAGCGACUUGUCUAGUUUCCGAGAACAAGAUGAAGAUUCAGCUGCAGGUCAAAUAUCCUGUGGUCCACAACAGACAUUUUCCGGCAACAAAAGACAAGACAUUGAGAAAGACACAAGAGACGGUGCACUUUCUAAUCACUUCAAAGAUUACCUUCUCAGUCGUAGUGUUUUAACCGCCAGCCCGGUGGAUUCGUCGUUCUUUAGUCAAACCGAUGACUAUGGUUCUACCCAGGAUAUUGAAGACUUGGAGGAAUCUCAAUUGAGUACAAGUUUGUUAUACUGUCUCGAUGGCAAUCGGCCAGUAGAGUUAGAAGAAGAAGAAGAUGAAGUCAACCUUCCUACGUCAAGCACGAAUUCGGUAAGUCGUAAGAGAGCAGCUUGUAGCGAUGAAAAUAAGGAAAAUACCGUUAGCAAGAAGGAAAACUUCUUAGUUACUAAAAAGUUAUACAUAUCUGAAAUCACUGGCAAUGCAACAGGUGGUCAGGGAGGAGUAGGAUCAGAGACUUCGAUAUGAUGACGAUAAGACUUUAUUUAAUGUAUAAACAAAUAAAUAUAAAUCCAAAAACAUAUAAUUCAAAUUAUAUCUCUAUUCAUAUAAAUAUAUUUAUAUAUUUAAUGGAAUGUGGAAGAAUUUAUUAUAAAUAUCAUUAAGUUUAUUUUUCUUUUUAUAAUUAAAAAUAUAUCUUCCUGUUUUAUCUUUCUACAUGUCUUGAUUAUGCGUGUAUACCAAAAAUUGAUUUGACUAAUAAAUGUUUCUUAAA